AUGAUCGUUAAGGAGUAUCGCAUUUUAAUGCCCUUAUCGACAGCUGAAUAUCGCAAGGGUCAACUAUUUGCUGUGGCUGAAGCAAGCAAAAAUGAAACGGGCGGAGGUGAAGGUGUUGAGGUAAUUUUCUCCGCAUCUUAA